UCAUCUCCUCUCACUGCAAGAUUCUCAUCUUCUCUUCAAAUUUUGUAAUCUUCUCUCAUUUGCAAUCUUCUCUUGUUCAUAUUCUCUCAUUGUCUCACAUUUGAAUAAUUCAUAUAAUGGAUCCAAACAAUUUACCCGACCGGGAUACAUUUUACAACGAAUUGGUAGAGGAUUUGAUGCGAGAGGAGAUGGAGUUUUAUCAACAACAAGCCAACACUGUUAGGCCCAAGCGAAGAAGAAGAAGAAGAGUGAUAAAGCGAGAUUGUGAAGCUGGCAACGAUCAAAGAGGAAAAACACAAUCAUUCCAAGAGACAGCAAAAACAAAAGCCAAAUCAGAAGCUGAGAAUGCUUCUUCAAGCAAAAUUGAUAUGUCAGCCAUGGAAGAAGCUGCUGUGAGUGGAAGAAAUGAUGUAAUGGAAAAAACUGCUUUAGAAAAGAGUUUGGAAAAGAAUGACAACCUGAUCAAGUGGCAUGAAAUCCUUAUGAAGGACAAAUCUAAGAUGUCUGAGCAACAAAAAGCAGAUCAUGAGAUCUGUUGUGAUUUUAUUAGGCGCCAGUUACGCACAUUCGAUGAACAAGAUUCAAAACCCAAAAUCUGUGAAAGCUAGAACCUGUUUGGUUUUGAUUUGGAAAAAAAUGGUGUAUGGAGCAAGUUGUGCGUUGAGCUAUGGAACCAUUUGGCGUCAACCGACUCUUCAUCUUCAAUUCCAUAGGUGCUCUUCACUCUCUUUCAACUUAAACUUCAACAACAACAAAUUAUCCACCUUCCCCUUCAACCGCUCUGGACCCUCACUCACCCAGCUCAGCUUCCAUGAUUCUCGCCUCUCCGCACUCUCGAAUGAUGGUUCAGGCGGUACCGGUGGUGGUUCUGGUGGGUGGAAUCCUGGCGAUGGUGAUGAUGAUGGCGUAGAAAAGUGGUCCUUCUUCCUAUCAUGCGUUAGGAAGGAAUUAGAACCUAUGAAAUCUCUCGCAUCAGCUGCUUGUUGGGUGUUUGGAUUUUACUGGUUUUUUGUGGGCGGCCAAGCAGCUAUCGAAGAUUGUCCAGAUCUUUUAUGGGUUAUGAUGGACUUUGUAGCCUAUGAUUUAUUUUGUACUUACUUUUACAUUGGGAUGGCGGGUGUAGUUUUCUUUGCUAUGAUCCUAAUUAUAGCAUUAGCUUAUGCUAAUGCUACAAGAAUCAGAGAAGGUGCAUCUGAAGAAGACAUCAGGUCACUUCCUAAGUAUAGGUUUAGUCAGUCAAAUUCAUUGAUGACAAUUGAUGACAAUAUGGAGUCCAAUGGAAGUCAUACAAGUGAAAUUUCUCUCCAUCCAGAUGAUUCUGAAUGCUGUAUCUGCCUGUGUACAUAUGAUGACGGAACAGAACUCUAUCGCCUUCCCUGUACCCACCAUUUUCAUUGUGAAUGCAUCAGCCGAUGGCUUCGGACUAAAGCAACCUGCCCGCUCUGCACAUUAGAUAUACAUGGAAGUAGCAGACUAGCAGGGUAGCAAGUCAAUCUAAUGGGAUGGUUCAGCCUAUUCAAGCCCAUUCUAUUUUUUUUCCAUGAUGGAAAUAAAGUGUACUAUUUUUCUCACCUUCUAUCCUGUUUUAUUUUAUUUUAUUUCUAAUGUGCAUCUAAUGUAAAAUAGAACCUACAUGUUCUGUUUGGUCUUAUUCUAACCUGUAUAUCAAAUGUUAGUUGAGUUAGUUAUUCACACCUGCAUAAGAGACAGAGUAAGUGAGUAACAUUCUAUUCCUCUCACUUCACAAGGAGAUGACUGCAUUUACUCUUCA